AAAUUCAGUUGAAAUUUAACCGUUCGUCGUGUUGUUGGCGCGAAGUAGGUAGCGUAUCAAGCGCCCGAUAGUUGGGCGCCAAUUUGCAAUUUAUCGAAAAAUAAAAAUGUUUUGAUAAAGAGAAACUUCAACAAAAAUAAGUUUUCGUAAAUUAUAAGUUUCUUUAACAUUGGGUGUUAAGUAGAUGUUACUAGCAAUGUUAAAUAUAAGUUAAGAUAGUAUCGAGCAACCAAGAUGACACACAAUCACGAAAACAUCACCAUGAUGGAUCCAACUACCACAAAAUACGGCAAAACUACAUUUGUAACAGUGACAAAGACGUUAGCGAUAAUAUUAGUGGUCAUAUUCUUUAUAUGUCUCAUCGCCACUGGAUUAUUAGUUUAUAGUUUUACAGCUUGUUCUCAUAAUGAGACAUUUUUCGCCAAUAAUAGUAAUUUAAGUAGCAUAGGGGAGCCUACUGCUCAAAGCAGAGUACAGGUUAUUUGUGAUAAAAAUAGCAUUAGUACAAAUGAUUUAAGUAAUAAAGUAAUAAUUGAAGUGGCGUCAAGUACUGCAGCUACCACUUUAAAGACUGCAAGACCAGCAAAUGUAAAUACUGCUAAAGAUAUAAGACUAACAACUGAUAUAGUUCCAGAUACAUACUGGAUAAGUCUUAUUCCAUUUAUACAGGAGGGAAAUUUUACAUUUAUUGGUGAAGAAACCAUCUUAAUUAAUGUUACUACAGAUAGUACUAGUAUAACGAUGCAUGCAGACACUUUAACUAUAGAUGCUACUCGAGUAUCUAAUUUAAACAAUGAAAGUAUAUCUGUAAGAGAUGUUAGAUUUAAUACGGAAAAAGAAUUUCUGAUUAUUGAUCUUGAUGGCAUACUUCAAGCCGGACAACAGUAUUAUGUUUAUCUUAAGUUUAAAGGUAUUUUAAAUAACAUGCUUAAGGGAUUUUACAGGAGCAGUUAUGUGGAAAAUAAUGUGACACGAUGGAUUGCUGCGACGCAAUUUCAGGCCACGGAUGCAAGAAAAGCGUUUCCGUGUUUCGACGAGCCUUCGUUCAAGGCAAAGUUCCAAAUCAACUUAGCCCGAAUGAGAAAUAUGACUGCCAUAUCCAAUAUGCCUAAGGUGAAUACCUCGGAAAAUGUAGAAGGCCUGCCAGAAUAUGUUUUUGAUCACUUUGAAGAGAGUUUGCCAAUGUCCACGUAUCUGGUGGCAUUUGUCGUGUCAGAUUUUAAAAACAUAAGUAGAGACAGAGUCAGCGUUUGGGCCAGACCAAGUGCCCUAUCACAGGCAAGGUUUGCUUUGGAAGUUGCCCCGUUAAUCCUAAAACAUUACGAAGAAUUCUUUCAAAUCCCGUAUCCGCUUCCAAAAAUUGAUAUGGUAGCAAUACCGGACUUUUCUGCUGGAGCUAUGGAAAACUGGGGUCUUAUAACAUACAGUGAAUCUGUUCUCCUAUACCAAAAAGGAGUAUCAAGCACAGUAAGCAAGCAAAGAAUAGCUCACGUUAUUGCUCAUGAAUUAGCGCAUCAGUGGUUUGGCAAUUUAGUAACUCCAGUAUGGUGGGAAGAUCUUUGGCUUAAUGAAGGAUUUGCUACUUAUGUUGAAUUUUUGGGAUCGAAUUCGGUCAAUCCAAAAUGGAAAGAUUUGGAGCUUUUUGUGGUAAACGAGCUUCAAGUAUCUUUGGACUUGGAUGCUCUAAAAACGUCCCACCCUAUUUCUGUUAAAGUUGGACAUCCUAAUGAAAUAAAUGAUAUAUUUGAUAGCAUUUCUUACUCUAAAGGAGCAGCAAUUAUAAGAAUGAUGCAAGAUUAUCUUGGUGAAAGUGUAUUUAGUUCUGGUCUCAAGCAGUAUCUCCACAAACGGAUGUAUAAAAAUGCUGAACAAGAUGACCUCUGGCAAAGCAUGACGGAACAAAGUCAAAAUAAAAGUGUUUUGCCUGAAAAUGUGACAGUUAAAGAAAUUAUGGAUACCUGGACCCUUCAGACUGGUUAUCCAGUGAUAAUUGCUGAAAGACAAGCGAAUAAGGUUGAUUUGAACUUGAGGCAAGAACGAUAUUUUCUUAAUAAUGAAAAUUCGCAAAAUGAUGAAACUUUGUGGUGGGUACCUAUUACAAUCAUGGAUUCCAUGAAAAAUAAAAAUCGACUUUGGUUAAAAAAGGAAAGAUCAAUUAUAGUUCAAGAUGCAGUUAGAGAAGAUUUACCUUGGUAUUUGGUGAAUUUUCGUCAAAGUGGAUAUUACAGAGUAAACUACGACGAUCGAAACUGGAACGCCUUGAUCAGCCAGCUUCUCGGAAACGGCCACAUCCUAAUCGAACCGAGAAACAGAGCGCAGAUGAUAGAUGAUGCUCUAAACCUCGCUUAUGUAGGAUACUUGGAUUACGGAAUCGCUUUAAAUGUUACUUUGUAUUUAGUAAACGAGAGGGAGUUUGUUCCCUGGAAAGCUGCUAUUCAGAAUUUCAAGUUUUUGCAUAGUAUGUUUAGUAGAAGUGCUAGUUUUGAUAAGUACAAGAGGUAUCUCCUGUCUCUUUUAAAAGAUCACUACCUAGAACUGACUUUUAAAGAAAAACCUGAUGAUGAACCAACUAGGGUCUUGAGCCGAAUGGAGAUUGUUGAGUAUGCAUGCGAACUGGGUCUCAAGGAAUGCGUUUUGCAAGCAAUUCAACUUUUCCAGAAUUGGAGGAAUAGUGCAAAUCCUGAUAAAGAAAAUGUAAUUAAUCCAGAUCUGAGAGAAGUUGUCUACUGUACAGCAAUUAGAGAUGGCGGACAAGAUGAAUGGGAUUUUGCUUGGAAUAGAUAUCUGAAUACUAAUGUGGCAAGCGAUAAAGAAAUUCUAUUAAACGCCUUGUCUUGCUCUAAAGAAAUAUGGAUCCUAAGCAGAUUUUUAGAAUGGUCAAUAACUGAUAACUCUGCUAUAAGAAAACAUGAUACAGCAAGAGUGUUUGCGUCAAUCGCCGAAAACCCAGUAGGCCGUGAUUUGGCUUAUAAAUUUUUAAAGGUUAAUUGGUCGAGAAUACGGGAAUACCUGGGAUCAACGUCGAUGUUUAUGAGCAGUAUUAUUAGUUAUACAACGAAUAAUUUUAAUACAGAAGAGGAAGUAAAUGAUUUUAAAUCAUUUUUCGAGAAACGACGUGAUGAGUUUGGAAUUGCAUUAAGAACUGCCCAACAGUCCAUAGAACAAGCAGAGGCCAACAUAAAAUGGAUGAAACAAUAUUUCCAUAUAGUAAGAAAAUGGCUAGAAGAUGUACAAAUAUAAUUUUAUUAAAUUAAUACCUAACCGUUACCAUAUAAUUGAUUUAAAAAAAAAUAUGCCAUAUAAAUUUGUAUUAGUAGAAAUAGGAAAACAUUCCGUUUAAACUUCUAUAACUAUAUUAGUAGGUCUAGUAUAAUUUACUAAUUAAGAGUAAUAUUACAUUACUGUGUAAAAAUAUAAUAUUACGUAGGUUGGUAUUAUUUUCGGUAUCUUAAAAAUCCAUUCAUACCUACUAAACAUGUUCAUUGGCAUCAUUAGCUUAUAAAUGAAACUACCUUUAUGCGAUGGUGGCAAUUUGACUUAUUUUUAUAAAGCAUAUUUAAAAUAUUUUGUAUGUUUUAAUGUAUUAUAAUUAAAUGUAUAUUUUUUUAUUAGCUAUAAAUAUUCGUAUUCACAAAAAUAAGCAA